AUGAGGGCAGAUGUGGAGGCGGGGGAGCUGCUGUGGUGUGAGGGAGGCUACAGGAUGUGUAGUGUGCCGGGCUCAUGCAGGUGUGUCUCAACAGGUUUGGAACGCGUGCUGGAAGAGCUGAUGGGAGAGUCCGCAUUUCUUAAAGUGCGUUCCGACUUGUACCCGAGUCCUGGGGGGGAGAGCAGCCCCCGUCCCACCCCUGACACCGCCCUGCCACAAGACUGGGACCCUGCCGCCCCCUGCUUCGUCUGCCUGGGUACCAGUCAUGCCUCCACACAGGCCGAGUGGUCCCCGCGAGAGGGCGCCACGCCUAGCACCAGUUUAGCGGACUCGCCGGGGGACUCCGCUUUCUCGCCGCCGCCGCCCACCACUCACCCGCAGCAGCCCGAGGAAGCUGCCGAGGCCACGCUUGACCUAUCCACGCCACGCCAAUCCUCCACACCCACGUCCACCUCGGGGGGCUGCGUGCCGCCGCUGCCAGCCUGUCCCGAGGGGAGGAGCGUGGCGGUGGGGCCCGUGGCGGGCCUCACCUCGGAGUUGGGCCCGCGCCUGCCCAUCGGCCUGUACACCGCCAACCUGCCGCCACACCUGCUGCCAUGGAUCCUCUCCUCACACCUGCACCACCUGGCCAGGGUGCACCAGGCUCCCGAGGACAUAUGUGAAGACAGAGACCAGCAGCCCCUGGACCUGAGUGCCAAGUCCCACGUGGAGAGUGUCAAGAGGGAGGUUGGAGUCUCGUCCAGCACCCCGCCCCCCUCCAACUCACUCUUCCCCUCCUACGAGAGAGUCGUGCACCACACCGUCACCCUUGAUACCAAAAUUAAUUCUACUAGGGGUCGGCGGCGAGGUGACCUAAGCAAACGGUCGUACACGGAGGAGGAACUGCAGGCGGCGCUAAGGGACAUUCAGAGUGGCAAGCUGGGCACGCGGAGAGCAGCUGUCAUCUAUGGCAUCCCACGCUCCACGCUCCGCAAUAAGGUGUACAAACUCGCCAUGGAACGGGACAGAAACAAGAAGCUGGUGGAGCAGAGUAGUGACGCCAUGCAGACCGACGCUCCAAACUUCUCGCAGCGCUACAACGGGCGCAGCGCGGCAGGCGGCGGAGGCGGCGUUUCUGACGAGGAGGCGAAGGCGUCUCCGGAGAGUAUCAAAAGUUUGCUGCAGAGCAAGAUGGUGGAGAAGCUGGAGGAGAUCACCCGUAAGAGUGGCGGCGUGAGUGACUCGCGGCCGGCAGUGGAAGCGGCACUGAAGCACCUCCUGGACAACAUUCCCAAGCUGGCCCUCAACAAGGACAACGUGCAGGCGUCCACCGAGGUGCUCAACAGCAUCUCUUUCAUCCCGCAGUUGAAUGACUUUGUCAAGAAAAUAGCAGAAGACCGAUACAACGAAGAACUACAAAGAAGUAAAUUGAGAUUAAAUGGAUCAGUUGAAAUCCACGCCAUCAACGGUCUUAAGAAUGACCAAUGUGACCUUAGCGUACCGUCCUAUUCUCCAUCCUGCAACGGCCUCCUCAAGGCUGAGUCUGACACCACCGCCUCAGACUCCAACCACUCUAGUCAGCCUCUCAUUUCCUCUCUAUCCAGUCCUAAUCUCAAAGAAAUGAUCGCGCAGAUGAUUGGCCAGAAACUGGGUUGCGAGGUGCCCACUGGUAAGGACACACCGGCAGCCAGCAACUCCCAACUGCUUCCGCCCACGUCCUCUGCCAGAGACCUGCAGGGCAAGACUGGCGCCGACAAGCAGGACCAGGUGAAGAAGACACAAGUAUCGUCCACCACAACAGGAGGCAAAGGCUCGCGGCCCAAGCGAGGAAAGUAUCGCAAUUACGAUCGUGACAACCUGCUGAAGGCGGUGCAGGCGGUGCAGAGUGGCGAGAUGAGCGUACACAGAGCAGGCAGCUUCUACGGCGUCCCGCACUCCACGCUGGAGUACAAGGUGAAGGAGAGACACCUGAGCCGUGGCAAGAACAAGAAGGAAAAUUCCUCCCCAUCCGCCUCCGCCUCCGCCUCCGCCUCCACCUGCUCUCCGGCGGUAGACCGAGGCAGGAGAGACGCUGGCAGGUCAAUUAGAACACCGGCAGACACCACUGCGAGCCACCCGGAGGUGGCCAGAACCCCUGGGGACAACACCACCACCCAGGCAGACACCACAUCCACCAUUGAUCUCACGGGCGACGACAACUCCCAGGGCGGCGAGGGCUCGGGAAUCUUGCCCGCGGUGAAGAAAGCUCGCAUGGAAAAUGAAGCCUCGCCUUACUCCACCUUCCCUCCUCUCUCCUCAACAUCCUUGUCUUCUCCGCCUGUCUCCGCCACGUCCCUCUCCUCCACGCCCCUGCUGACCAGCCCCUUCAUCUGGAAUGGCGCGCCCCUGGUGCCUCCCUUCCUCUCCAGAUACCAGCAGGAUCCCUUCUACGCUUCCCAAAUGAUCCGCAGGUUCCAGGAGGCUGCCGUCAAGAGCCACACCUCCAACCCAGGCAGUUUGGAGCGUGAGCCUUCCCCUGUCAACUCCCACGACGCCCCUGCCACCCAGCCUUACCAGGGCAGCGUGCUGGACGCCCUUCUGAGGGGCAAAGCCGCCGUCACCCGCACGCCCACCACCACCAACACCACCACCGCUGCCCGGCCUGCCAUCAUCACCACCAGCAGCACCAGCACCAGCACCAGCACCAGCCCGCUCCCCAGUGCUGAGACCUGGCAGGUGUCCUCUAGUCUGUUGAGUCUGACCAAGGGCCUGGUGAUGGAGCAGCAGCAGGGAGAGGACGCCGGGGUGCCGCCUCUUGCACAAACCUCAGGAGUGAUGGCCUUCAAUCCCCUGUACUCCCUGCCCACCCUCGCCUCCCGCACCUCCCUGGCCUCCGCCCUGCAGAAGCGCGCCUCGCCCAGCGACACCCUGAGGGACUCAUCCAGCCCUGAGGUAGACAUUGUGCCAUUGCCUCUCGUUAAAGAGGGGCGGCAUCCCACGCCCGUGGCAGCCGAUCAGCCCUGAGGAGUGAGCGUCACCAGUCAUGCCUCCUCUCACUCCUUCGCUUUCCCCCACAAGGGGAUUGUUUAAGCUUUUGACUGGAAACAAGAUUCCUGCCACUCUCCCUCCCUCCAAUCCGCCAUCUUCAGUCUGGUUCUUUCUGCCUCGGAGAACAUUUCAGUGGUUGUUUUUUUCAGCCAUGAACGACAGACUCCAUCCUCAUAUUUAUAGCGAAUACUUACAUUCCUAUAAUUUUAUCUUGAUUCCAUAGAGUAAUGUACCUUAAUAUUGUAAUUCACUUGAGGAUAAUAUAUUUCAUUGUAUUUACUUGUGUAAAAGAAAAACCAUGAGCAUUGUUUAUGGAUCAGUUUUACAUAGGAAAUUCCAAGUGUUGUGCAAAGUGUGUCACCGUACAAGACCCGAGUGUUGGUCAGCGUGUCCUUACAAACCAAACCAAGCCAAACCAAACUAAGCCAAACCAAACCAUGCCAAGCGUUCUCUGCCAGUGUCCAGUGUAGCAGCGGCGGUGCUGUAAUGAUAUUGAAGAUGGUGAUGACGGCCACAGUUCGGUGAUGCUGAGACCAAACAAAGAUGGCAGUGUUCAUUGGCAAUGAGGAAGAAGUGAAGCAAGUCGUCAAGUCAAGUCAGUGUCAAGACCCUGGCGUCCAGGGCACCAUGCCGCUCCAGUUCACGUCCCGGCACCGGUGCGCGUCGCCAACUGGCCGCCACCCCCACAAUAUAUAAAUAUAUAUAUAUAUAUAUAUAUAUAUAUAUAUAUAUAUAUAUAUAUAUAUAUAUAUAUAUAUAUAUAUAUAUAUAUAUAUAUAUAUAUAUAUAUAUAUAUAUAUAUAUAUAUAUAUACCUAUCAUUAAAAACAAUACUUCUCAAGACGUUACGAUUCCAGAGGCGUAGUGGUGGUUGAUGAUGAUAAUGAUUAUGAUUACGAUGAGAGAGAGAGAGAGAGAGAGAGAGAGAGAGAGAGAGAGAGAGAGAGAGAGAGAGAGAGAGUACUGGACACCCCAAGAAUGCCUCAUACGGUUGUAUCGACAAUCAUUCCACGCCGCGGCACACAGGGUCGCCUGCCUUUGGGCGGACAUCGCCGCGGCAGUCUCCCUCCAGGUGCCCGCGAGGCUCCUGGGGCCUGGACCCGCCUAAACCGUGUAUCAUUUCACCUGCCGUGAAUGGCAAGACAUCAUUACAAUGAGUCCAGCCUUGGAGUGAUGCAGUGGUGCACCACGUGUGUUACCCUCGCGUCUGAUAUCUGAGUACAGCAGGGUGUGUGCCGCCCUUGUAAUGUCUCAUGCUCCGACAACUCUGGAAUUGUACGAGUAUCUUGCCUUUGGCCAGGGAUUGGCGUCAUUAAAAGGCUCAUAUUGUAAACCAUAAAAACGCUUCAGAAUCCAGGUUUGUCUUCUGAUGUUGCUCUUCAGUGUAGCCUACUGACCCCGUCCAUGUAGAGAUAUUGACUAGCAUAAGAGUAUUAUAUUUUGUCAAUGUAGUUGCCGUCACUCAAACCUCUACUACGUGCAGCGUGUGGAGGUCUUCUGUCACGUAGGCAUUGAUAUCUGCGCUAGACGUAGACAGCCAACAAUGAUGAAGUGUGCUUGUACUAGACACCACCGUGUCAGUACACGCCUUCCUACACGCCUCCUCCAGAGGGCUCCUCAGGCACGCCUGUAGCAGGGCACCGCCACCCGCACAGCCUCUGGAGGCAUGUUACCAGACCAUCACAGUGAGAGGCAAGGCUUGGUGCCCAGGGCCACUAGAGCAGCAGUGUUGCAGUGUUCACGUCCAGGGUGUAGCUUAGGGGUUAGUGAGGCAAGGCUAGGGGCCGGAAGGCCUCAGGCUCACCACAGUGCUCACCAACCAGUGAUACGCGCGUCCUCGUCCUCUCACUUGUGUAGACCUCCCCUCCAGUAUCCGGUACACUUCCUCACCUCGCCCCGUCAUUUUGUGGUGGCGGGGCCUGCCCCACCAAAGAUCUGUUGCUAUCGUCUCUACUGAACAACCUCGUGCCCUUUUCCCUCUCCCCUCCCUGCGUCAGACGUCAGGCAUCUGUCAUCCAGCACCAGUCGUCUGGUGUCAGGUGUCAGGCGUCAGGCGCCAGGCGCACACUCUACCCCAACAAAAGUGCCCCAGAUCUCCAGAUCUCCCUAUUUUGAUAUUGGAUCUAUUUUCAACUUCAUGAAAUGUGAUGUUUGAAAGUAUUUUACAGUAUUUCAAUUUAUUACGGAACGAUAAUCGUAAUAAGGUACAAUUAGCGUUACUUUUUAGAGGCUGUUAGACUAAGCUGCUACAACUUGAUGUCUCGCAUAUAUAUAUAUAUAUAUAUAUAUAUAUAUAUAUAUAUAUAUAUAUAUAUAUAUAUAUAUAUAUAUAUAUAUAUAUAUAUAUAUAUAUAUAUACGUAUGUGUGUGUGUGUGUAGGUUGCCAUGUACAGCAGUGUGAUGAGAGGGAGUCAGCAGCGUCAGCUUGUGAUGAUGUAGUGAUGCGAUGAGCUCGCCUCUCCUGUGCAGUCUCGUGUAUCGUGUCUGAACAAAAGGAUGAGGAUCAAACCCAGAGACGCAGGUCCAUCAGUGAGUGUUUGGGGUGACUCUGCCGGACGUGAAUCAGUGUCCCGCGCGGGCCGCCUUCCUCCUGUAGGGUACUAGACUGUAACUUUGCUCUUGCCGAGGCCACGUGUCUUUUUGUAAGACAAUCUGACAAGGAAUUCAACAGGGUACAAUGAAUUUAUCCAUAAGUGCAAUUAUUAUUACGGGAGUAGAAUGUUUGGUUGGGCGGCUUAGAUCACGACCAUUUGUGACGCGUGGCUCGUCACUUGGCGCUUAAUUAAGGAUUCCACAGUUCAAGAGUUUAGGUGAAGCAGUCGCAGUGUUCUCCGGCAGUAGCCGCCCCGUUACCGCCCGCCGGGAAGCUCGACUUGUGCGUGUUCCUCAACGUGAGGCGUGAGGCAGCCGUCACGCUCUUCACCACCACCUCCUCCAUCCAACAAAUCUACAUAGCUUCUUGUUACCAGUCAUCAUGUAGCUUUUGACUCAACGUGCCCAAUGAGCGAGUCGCGAGUUGCGAUACACGCGGUUCGAAUGCGGCUCCGAAACCCGAGCCUGAUACCACCAGACGCCGACCGGCCUCCUCCUGGUGCGGGUGUGCUGAGGGGCGGCGGUGACGGACGCAGGACGGCUGCCUGCACCACUGACGCCCUGCUGCAGUGUGUAUGUAUGUGUGUGUGUGUGUGUGUCCCACGCAGGUGUGCAGGCCAGACAAGUGAGACGCGCUGCCACGACCUGCACUGUUGCAUAGGCCUGCUUGCACAGCUCUCUCUCUCUCUCUCUCUCUCUCUCUCUCUCUCUCUCUCUCUCUCUCUCUCUCUCUCUCUCUCUCUCUUUCUCUCUCAUUUUUGUAAGUGAUAUUGAUCAUUUAUAAAAUUCCUGGCCAAUUUUGAAAGGAAUCAAAAUCCUGAGUUCAUAACAUCUCAAAUAUCUGGGUAUUUUAUGGAACGCAGAGAGUUGUAUUUUUACAAGACUAGUAUUUUGCAAGACACUCCACGAUCUAUUGUCAGUCUAUAAAACAACGAAAGAGCGACUAGUCUGUUUAUGAUACAUGUGAGGCUGCUCCUUUCCCACUCCUCCACACACUCACUCUCAACAGUACAUCGUUAAAUUGUUACUUGUUUACCUUUCACGAUUCUUCACCCAGCCCGCAGCCAAACCAGUGUUAUGAGAAAAUAAGUCGCUGCUUGUGUUACUUUGCAAUUGGCAGAUAACAAUCAUGGCUAAUGUAAACCAACCACAAUAGUUCUAAACUGAUUAUUCGUUUACCUUCUUCGCUUACACACACACACACACACACACACACACACACAGCAUUAUCAGCCGAUACUUGCAAUUUUAUUGUCUUGCAUAUUAGCCGAAUAGAUUAUCGAUAAUUUUGCAAAAUAUGAGUGUUUCAUGUUUUACAGAGUAACUAGGCAUAUGAGGUAACUUUGGUAAGUUACCGAAAUUUUGGUUUCUUUCAAAACUGGCAAGGAACUUUGCAAAUGACGCUUCUCAAAAAAAAAAAAAAAAAAAGUUACGUAUCCCAGACAGACGGUGAUGAAAGGGGCGAGUGAGGAGACACGUGGAAAAUAAAACCUAGUCUCGGUAGUGAGGCCAAAGAUACUGAGCUGCGCCUCAUCCCGGGUACAAAACGAGAGUGUACAUAAACAAGUGUUGGUCGUUCAGCAAACCGUGGUGCACGUUUGGUUCUUUUCUUGGUGUAAGACACCGUAUAAUGUAACCUUCGAUUCGGUGCCACACCCAGCCAGUUUUUUCAUCCAAUCAAAAUGCGUUACCUUCAUUCUGAACGAGCACCAGUAGCACCUUGUUUCAUGAUGAAGUUCACUGUCUGCCUGUGUGUCACGCCCGCCGCGGCCUCCGGUGAGCCUCCCGUCCCCGCUGUACAGUUAAUGUUAUGUUCACUAUUGUCUGACGUGUGUGAGAGGAAGACGUGGCUACAACUUCACUGUAUACGUAUAGAUAUAUUUCAUAGUCAGGAGACCAAGGAACGAGUCAAAUUAGCGUUGAUGGGCGGGUACUCUGCGCCCAGCACGUCUCUAAGGUCACCUGUCACCUGUCCUGCUCAACAUUCUCACCCACAUGUUGGCGCGGCUCUGCUGCCCCGCCAAGGAGUCAGUGUGAGUACAAAGUGCCACGUGUAGUGAUAACAGGCACUGCUGCUCAGUAAUGACAUACGGGAGGGACUCUUUUGUAAACUAAUCUUCUGUGAGGGUUGGACGACUUGCCUGCCGCAUUCCGCGGCAGCCAGGCCCCUCUCCCCUCCUACCCCUUGUACUAGCCGUCUCGCAGCAACAGCCCCCUCCUCCCUGUCCGUUGUUUGAUAGCGCAUGGCGAUGCUGCCGCCACUCACUGUUAUAUUGUUAAUUCACUAAGUCCCAAAACAUGGUGUAAAAUACUAGGUGUUUCAUAUAUAUGAAUUGGUGUAGCUGUACAGUGACUCUGUUUAUUGAUAUUGUGCGGGACGUUUUCCUCCGGCUCGCUCGUCAUGCUUUGGUCUUAAUUAUCAUCAGAUUGUUUGUUUAUGUGACUUUUGAGUGUCCAAGUGUUGCUUUCAGGAGUUGCUAAGUGGUGGUCCUUGUGGCGCCUUCAGCUGGUGACCAGUGGAGCAGUGGAGGCCAAGCAGAAUUGUGGUGCCCACUUGGCGAGGCGAGUGGUGUGGAGUGGUGGGAUGUGGUGCGGUGCGGUGUGCUGCAGGGGAUGGGCAUGGUGUGGUGGGUGUGCUGCAGGUGAAAGGGAUUUAGUGUGGUGGUUAUGGUGUGGUGUGGUGUGGUGGGCGUGGUGGUCUAGGUGUCGUAUGCUUUCUUGAACCUCUUUGACUACAUGUAUUUAGCAUCUUGAUAUUUCUGUACUUGAGGAUACUGUUUAUUUGUGAGGAUGGAAUAGCAGCAGCAGCAACAGCAGCAGCAGACAAGCCUCAGACUAUUAGCGCUGUCUUCCAGAUAGUCAGAGUCGCGGCGGCUCAAGUCUGUAGUCAAGGAACGAAUUUCUAACCAGCGUAACAAAUGAUAACAGAAAACGAGAAUAUUGUGAUGUAGUGAAUCUUCCAGUGAGCUGGCUUGCCAAACCGGUAACUUUAAUUGGCUCAGUAUUAUUGGCACACUUAACUAGCGUCAUUCACGGAACUGGCACGCCUCUUGGCUUGGUGCUCUGGGACGCGCCUCAUUCUGGUGGCAGAAGAGGUGAUGACGAGCAUGUGUCAGUCACACACGAGCAACACCACCAGCCUAGUGAACGUGCGAGUGUCAGUGACGGGUGCUCGAAGUGUGUUUCGAAACGCUUAUGAACGAAUCUUCCAGUCAUAGGAAUUAGUACAAGGCGUGCAGGCGACAGAAGUGUACAAAGAUACACACACACAUACAAGUCCUGUGAAGUGUAAGCGUAGCACAGCCUCAGUAUCUCCGCCACAUACUGGGACGCGCACCUCCACUUGCCAGUGUCCAUCGUCCACAAGGGUACAGUGUGAUCUCACCCCUUCCAUCUCCACCAAAUCUCUCACAGGUUCGCGUUGACCUUACCACCUUCUCCAAGUGUUCAUACAGGUACAGUUUGCCUUGAUUGCUUUCUGUAGGUCAUUCAAGUAAACCGCCGCGUGUGGAGCCUGUGAUGUAAAUACCCACCCAGCACGCACCACCCUCACGCCACCAGUGAGGGGACCGCCGCGUGUUGGCAGUGAUCUCGUCUCACGCUUAUCCAGGCUGCCUUGUCCUCGCUGCCCACCUAAAUGGUGAAGUAACAUAACGUACAGGGUGAGAGAAGAAUAGCGUCCAGCCCCGCGUAGUACAGUGGCAUGUGGUAAGAGGUAAUGGAAGUGUGUACCCAGGCGUGGUGUGUGGGCUCAGUAUUAUGGUGGACAGUGUAGCAAACUCCUCUUCAGCCAUACUGUGUUAGAUAAAAACGCAGAGGGUCGUAAGUGGAGGCGAAGAGUCACAAAGGCCCAACCACACGUGCGGCGUCGCUGCGUGGUGUGUGAGUGACGAGCGAGCGCCGGUGUGCGACUCGUGGUAUUGUGCCAAAUUACUUGUUAGUGUAAGACAAUGUACAGUAGUGUCCGUGGCUGCCAAUGAUGACUUGCGGUGAUAUAUUGUAACGAUCUGUGUUCCUCUGGGGUUCGGAGUCACCAGUACUUAGUUGGGACAGGUGUGCGGGCGGGGAUCGUGUCCAAGUGAUUAUAUUUUGCUUUUGGUCACAUGUUUGGCGAUUCAUUAUAUAUCGUAACACUUCUGUCUCUCCCUUGAUUCCUGUAAUAGCAUUCGCUUUACGAUGUGUGGAAUGUAUUUAUCACUUCAUGUGUAAGAGAAACAGCGCAGUGCAGCAGUGGUGGAGUGACGGAUCAAGACGCGUCUUUCUGAAGUGAAGAGUGAUAACUUACUCAUUGCACCCAGUUGUUCUUAGUUACAAAAAUAAAUAAAUUAAAUUAAAAAAAAUAGAUUCAACGAGCUAGAUCUGAACUAAUGGCAUUGUAAUAACUGUAGACCGUGCGUGUGUGUGUGUAUAGAAAUGGGUUCCUUACAAUGCUGUUUUCAAGCCAUUUCCAUUUUCUGACAUAAUUUAAGAGUGACUUCAGGCGUGCUUGGCGUGGUGUGACUGCGAUAGUGGUGGUGUGGUGCGGUGUGGUGAUGAGCUGGAGCGCUUUCAUGGAGACCCGUGGAUGGUGGGUGGCGGUGUGUGUCAAGGCGUGGCUGAGAAGUUUGUAUGUAUGUCUUGAUAUUUUCUUUCAUAAAUUAAUGUCGCGACACUUGUGGGGCCUGUGGGGCUGUGGACGCCACUCCAGGGGAACCACGUGACCCCUGAUGUUCGGUGCCCUGCUACUAGUGUGAGGCGUGGCAAGGUUCAGGGCACAGUGAAGCCUUUAUGAACUAGUUUCACCAACCACUAAAUAGAUUGUUUGGGACUGGUUAUGACCAAGAUUGUCAGCAGCCGGCUGUCCUCUCCCUGCUGAGGCACCUCUCCCUUGUGUCUUGUUGCUCACUCUCCCUUUCAGUACGCAUAAACAUGAUAUAUCAGUACCUUGAAGCACUAUGUUAAGUCCAUUUUGUGAUAUGCUCUAGUCUGCUAAAGUUACUCUGCGAUAGAGUUUGGCGGCGUGGAUUACUGGAAGGCGGAAGACUGACUGGUUCAUGGAAAGAGACACGGUGUUGAUAUAUUAAUGAUUCAUGAUCUCUGUGUGCUUUGUGUUCAAGUGUUAAGGUUAUAGUCUUAUAAAGCAACUUUAGGGAAGGUUCAGACUGUCCACCAAAGCGGUGGUUCAAAGCGUGCUCUAAUAUAUAUAUAUAUAUAUAUAUAUAUAUAUAUAUAUAUAUAUAUAUAUAUAUAUAUAUAUAUAUAUAUAUAUAUAUAUAUAUAUAUAUAUAUAUAUAUAUAUAUAUUGUGUGUGUGUGUGUGUGUGUGUGUGUGUAGAUAUACAAUUAAGUCUGUGACUGCGACGGACUGGCAGUCUGCUGUCCUGGUGCGCGCGUCUUGGUGACCGUGUCGUGCUGAUCAGGUUGUCUUGCCUUCCUCGUGUGUCAUUCUGUUCAUCGUCAUGUUUUAAUGGCGUGUUUUAUUCUGUCAUUCCUUCACCAACACCUGAACACUUGCCGCACCCCUUCCUGUCUUGCCUUGUCUUCUCACACGCCACGCCGCGCCACACCACACCACGCCCAGCGCCCCGCCUAUUUCGUCUAACCAAGCCAUUUGUGUGUGUGUGUGUGUGUGUGUCUGCACGCGACAAUAUACCCGUAAUAAUAGAAAGUUUCCUUGAAGGGAAGGGCGUCACGUUGCUAUAACGCCGUUACCCCAGUGUACUGCCGCAUACAACAGGGGUCCCGCUCGUCCACACCGAGUCGCGGGUGACGCCGAGACGCUCGUCGCCGCGGGGGAAUGAGCCGCCAGGAAGUGAUGCGUUUCCUUACAAGUGUCGUUUUGAGUCGCGAGGGUGUGGGGAGGGAAUGAUACGACGCUCCGGUGAGGACGUGAAGAGGAAGUAGUCUGAGGAAGUAACCUGAUGAUCAUUCUGUAACAUAUUUAGAAAAGUUCAAAAAGGAAUGUAGUUUGGAGCAUUAGAUUCUAAGAUAUGUUUGAGAUUAGCUGCAAUAACCUUUGGGUAGGCAAGGUUAUAUCGUGUGUGUACAUGUGCGUGUAUGUGUGUGUGUGUGCGAGGUGUGUGGCGCCGUUGCGGGCCAGCCUUUCCAGAACAGGGUUUUGUACACUUUGCCUUGUGGACCAUUUGAUCUUUGUUGUUACUGUAUAAUCACCACCCUGGAUAGGGGUCACUGUACUCAACGUAUUGAAUGCCUUAUGUCAGUGUGACUACAUGUGAUGGACACAACCUCUGGGUGUCGUGAAUCUGUGUCUUGGUGUUGAGGGGGCGCCGCGCCGAAGGCCGUUCUCUUCCUCCUUCAAGGAAUUGCCUACUAGUAAAUUAUAUUGUUUUAGAGUGUCACUCGGAAACGUAUGAAGUGGUUCUCGAUUUUUUUUUUUUUUUAUUGUGAUCAGUAAGUGUUCUUCGAUCCGCGCUGGCCACAUAUGGUGAAUUAUAGGCUCGUCUGAUUAUUAUUAUGAUUAUUAUUAUUAUUGUCAUGCCAUUAUCAUAAUCUUCUUCCUCUUCCUUCUCCUCUGCAUUCUUAUCACUACCACCACCACCUGAGACGUCUCACUUCACUACUUGAUAAACCCCUCUCUCUCUCUCUCUCUCUCUCUCUCUCUCUCUCUCUCUCUCUCUCUCUCUCUCUCUCUCUCUCUCUCUCUCUCUCAAUCAUUCAUUUAUCAUGUGUUUGUAUGUAUGUAUGUAUGUAUGUAUGUACGUAUGUAUGAAAACUGGUAGAAAAGUCAAGUGUUUCCGUCAGCUUACCUUCACAUAGGCUAAUUGACUAGCCAGCCGUUACUCCCCAAGUACUUCCCAUCACCUCAAGUCUUGUCUUGCCACUAAGCUAAUACAUGACUCAAUGUAAGGGUUAUGAGAUUGACUAACUUCUUAACUUUCCUUAUGAUAAGAACUUCCUCGGUGGCUACGUGUUAAUGAGAGACACUGGCCGACUUGUUAGAUUAGUUGGUUUGUUGAUAAAAUUUGAGGGAUAAAGAGUACAUGAAUUAAAUAUCGUGAAGUUUGGCUAAUUUGGGUUUUUAUUAUUUUUUUUUCAACUUUCACGUAACACUUAAGAUAUAACUCAAGGAACAUUUAAUUACAUUUCAAGAUAUAACUCAAGGAACAUUUAAUUAAAUUUCCAACCUGACACUGACAACUUGCAAGCUCUUCAGGUGUAUAUAGAUAGAAAAGUUAUUAACCACAGAAUCAUAAAAUAGAAUAUAAUAAACCACUAAAGAAUUUCCAGCAUGAAGAGUGAUAACUUACUCAUUGCACCCAAUUGUUCUUAGUUACGAAAAUAAAUAAAUUAAAUAAAAAAAAAAAUGAUUCAACGAGCUAGAUCUGAACUAAUGGCAUUGUAAUAACUGUAGACUGUGUGUGUGUAUCAGAACUUUAAAGAUUACGAUCCAUCAAAAUACAGGACAUGCAUACAGUCGACAUAUACUUGUUACUUUUCCUUCGUGUACCCUUAAAUAGAUCUAGAAAAAGGUGAAGAAAACGUGAUGAUUAAAAUGUCAUUGACUUUUCUACGAGUUUCACGUGUGUGUGUGUGUGUGUGUGUGUAGACGUGCCCAGAAUUUCAAAAAUCCACUUCAAUACAGGACAACAGACAGACAGACAUUUGUUGGUGCACCGCUGGCUCGUACUGUGACAGCGUGUGCAUCUGAUUUGUGUGUGUGUGUACGUACAACUAUAAGUACUACAAUGUAUUGAGUCAUGUGUACACCAGACCCUCCACCCACCCCCCUUGUUGUUGUUGUUGUUGUUGUUCGUAUGUGUGUGUGUGAUGUGCGUGUGUGUGUGCGUGUGUGUGUACUGAGGAACUGAGCUUAUUUUGGACAAGCGCCUGACGCGGUAUAAUGUAUAUUUCUAUUGUGAAUUUGGAAAUAAAUAUUUAUUACAUAUUA